AUGCAAUCAUCGGCGUCGACUCUGUUCUCGGCAUACGCCUCUCUUGCCGCGUCGAUGAUGUUAGUCCGAUCAAUGGCCAACGAGAUCAUCCCCAAUCCAGUCCGAUCCUACAUCCAAUCGGCGAUUCACUACCUCUUCACUCUCUCUCCACUCAGCUCACCGUUAUCGUCGACGAGCACUGCGGACUCACUCGUAAUCAAGUCUACGAAGCCGCAGAGAUAUACCUCGGCACCAAAAUCAGCCCCAACGCUGAGCGAUUCAAAGUUCACAAAACUCCGAGACAGAAAAAACCUCAACAUCAGCAUCCAGAAAAAACGAAGAGAAAAAGUGUUGAGCGAGUACUUACCCUUUGUUCUGGCUAAGUACAAGGAGAUAAAGGAUAAUGACAAGGAAGUGAAGCUCUAUGCCAUGAAUUGUCUAUACGAUUAUGAUGAGGGUGGGGGAGGUGGGGUUUGGGGUUCGGUCAAGUUGGAGCAUCCGUCGACGUUUGAGACUCUUGCGAUGGAUAAAGAGAUGAAGAAGGCGAUAAUCGAUGAUUUAGAGAGAUUUGUGAAGAGAAAAGAGUUUUACAAGAAGGUUGGGAGGGCUUGGAAGAGGGGGUACUUGUUGUAUGGGCCUCCUGGGACUGGGAAAUCGAGCUUGAUUGCGGCGAUGGCGAAUUAUUUGAAGUUUGAUAUAUAUGAUUUAGAGCUUACAAAUUUGUACUCGAACUCGGAAUUGAGGAGGAUUUUGGUGUCCACUACGAAUCGGUCGAUCAUUGUGAUCGAGGACAUCGAUUGCAGUGCCGAGAUGCAAGAGCGGCAGUUGGGGAAUGACUCUUCCAACACCAAGUUGACACUGUCGGGGCUAUUGAACUUCAUAGAUGGAUUGUGGUCGAGCUGUGGAGAUGAAAGGAUCAUUGUUUUUACAACCAACCAUAAGGACCGCCUUGAUCCUGCUCUGCUUCGACCUGGUCGAAUGGACAUGCACAUUCACAUGUCCUACUGUACAACUCAAGGAUUUAGGCUCUUGGCUACGAAUUACCUUGGCCUGGGCGAUCCCCACAGGCUCUUUGGUGAGAUUGAAAGCUUAAUUGAGAAUGUACAGGCGACCCCUGCAGAAAUUGCUGAGGAGCUAAUGAAGAGCGACGAUGCUGACAUAGCUCUUGGUGAAGUAGUUAACUUCCUAAAGCGAAAAAAAAGUGAAGCCAAUAACAUUGAGGAGGAAAAAAAUCUGGCGCUUGAAGCCCAUGAUAACAAGCAAAAAAAAACUAGUGGAGCUGAAAAGGAGGCCAAAAGGAUGAAAACUGAGAAAAUUGCUAAUAGAACCUUAAGGAACUGUAUGAAAAGAUCCACUAGAGGAAGAAGACAUCGGAUGCCGUGA